CCCAGGCACAUCGUUUCAGUCUUCCGGCACAUGCACACUGUUAAACAGUUGUAGUGUAUGAGCGAUGGCAGCAUCUCAUCUUUUGGAUGAUCGAGAAGAUGACGGACCCAAUGGUAGCUGCCAAGUGAUGGUGAUGAUGGAGGAGAGGACACACCCCCAGGCCACGCCCUGUGGCAAUCAGGUUGACGACAAGCCAAAAAGCACUAAGCGUCUGCAGGGUUUCCGUAAAGCCUUGCGGAAAAACCAGGACUACUCUCGCAUCUCAAAGCCCAGCAGCUCCCAGCUGCCGUCAGAAUGGUGGAAGACGGGAAUCGCCUUCAUCUGGGCCGGAUUUAACCUCGUCCUUACUACCAUCAUGAUCACCGUCGUCAACGAGAGGGUCCCGGAUAAGUCCGUCAGCCCGCCGUUACCGGACAAGUUCUUCGAUUACAUUCCGCGUGUGGAGUGGGCGUUUUCCGUCACCGAGGUGAACGGGAUGAUCCUCGUGGCUCUGUGGUUCGUCCAGUGGCUCUUCCUCAAGCACAGAGCCAUCGUGGGCCGACGGUUUUUCUUCCUGCAGGGAAUGUUGUAUUUGUACCGUAUAGUGACCAUGUACAUCACAACUCUUCCUGUUCCCAGCAUGCACAUGGACUGCGCCCCGAAGCUCUACAAUGAUUCUCAUGGGAAGAUCAAGCGUGUUUUGCAGCUGGUGUCUGGAGGAGGUUUGUCCAUCACUGGCUCUCAUCUGUUGUGCGGAGACUUCCUGUACAGCGGCCACACGGUCAUGCUGACCCUCACCUUCCUCUUCAUCCAAGAAUACUCACCCCGCUCGUGCAGAUGGCGUUGCUAUCACGGGUUCUGCGGGUUGCUAAGCGCGACGGGCGUGGUCUGUAUCCUGGUGGCACACGAGCAUUACAGCGUAGAUGUAGUGGUGGCGUAUUUCAUCACCUCGCACCUCUUCUACUGGUACCACACCAUGGCCAACAACCAGGCCUUGAGAGAUUCUCCUCACAACUACCUGAACCGGACGUGGUGGAACUGGGUGUUUAACUUCCUAGAGAAGAACGUUAAGACGCCGGUUCCCUGCACGUUCUCGUGGCCGCUGUCGCUUCCGUACGUGUGCUUCAAGAACCCGUGCAAGAGCUACUCAAUGGUGCAGAGCGCACGGGACGAAUGACGCCACAAAACCCUACGCCUGCGAGAUCCUGUGUACUUGAAGCGCAGCUUUUACAUGCCUUUUAACGUGUGGUUCAUCAGAGUUCAUCAGAGUUGAUCUGUAAAGAUUUGCUGCCCGUGGUUUAUUCCUUAAAGUAUUGUUUUCACGCUAUACUUUUAGACAUGAUUAAAAUGUGUAUUCUAAUAAUGUUUCUCACUGAAGGAUUACAAAAUGUGUAUUGUUCGUAAUUGUAUCAUUUUUAUUUUAACUUAUUUGUUCAUUACCUUGUUAAGGAAAUGUGUUCUUUGUUUUACAAAUGUCAGAAAAAUAAAUACUAUUUUCUUA